AGAACCUUGUCAUUGUAUAUUUUAUAUUUAUAUUUUUACUUGUUUUCGUUAAUAUACUUCCACAAUUACAAUCCCAGUUCUAAUCCCAUUCCAACCACACAUCAUGGCCACUGCCACUGUCCCAGCAGAUUCACUCCAGCAGACCGUCGCAGCCUUAAACGCGCUCUAUAAUGCGCCCAGCAAUAGCGCAAAAAAAGAAGCCAAUUUGUGGCUCGAGGAUUUUCAAGCCAAACCUGAAGCAUGGCAAACAGCGGUAAUCUUAUUAACUACUGAUAGUAUUGGAAAAGAGGCACAGGUUUUUGGUGCCCAAACCAUGCGACGCAAGAUUGUUGAUGAUUUUCAGGAUCUCGAUGCAGCACACAGAGCUUCACUCCGGGAGUCGCUCCUGAAUCUGUCAAUGCAACACAAGACUUCGCCAAAAAUUAUUAGAACUCAAUUGUGCCUUGCAUUGGCAGCAUUGUCGCUCAGGAUGCUAGAAUGGGAGCAGCCAGUCAACCACAUGAUAAGCCUCUAUGGAUCGUCUCCUACAGAUCUUUCGUAUCUCUUGGAGUUCUUGACAGUGUUGCCAGAAGAAGUUAACGACAGCCGGUGCCCGAGUUUGACGGAACGACGCUCACAACGUAUUGGAGACGCAUCACUGCAGCCGACACAUCUUUGCACCCACACUGAACUGAUCAGGAAUGCACUCGCGCCCUCUUUACCACUACCCCAUCCACCAUGGCAGGAUGACGAAUAUAGAGCACGCUCCGAUGAACUAUUGACCCAGAAUGCCAACCAGAUUCUCAAGAUGUUGAUUGUAUGCAUGGAAAACUCAGGUGACGAUGCAAGACUACAGGAAGCAGUAUUCAGGUGUUUUCUUUCUUGGCUUCGAUCAGGGGAUAUUGCUACCAGUAGUUUAUCCAACAACCCACUCCUUGCCUUUUCUUUCAAGGCUCUUCAAAUGCCGGAGCUUUUUGACAUUGCUGUGGAUGUUGUCUGUGAACUGAUAUACCAGACCAAAGACAUUGAUGAGUCAAUGCCUGUAAUUGAAGAAAUCUAUCCUAAUUUGUUACCGCUGCGUCAAGAGAUUGCCAAAAAUAUCAAAGACGAGAAUGAAGAUAACAUUCGCGGCUAUUGCAAAAUUUUCGUCGAGGCUGGAGAGUGCUACCUUUCGUUGGUAGUUAAGCACACAGAUCACUUCCGAGGUAUCGUCGAGGGCAUUGCUGAAUGUACCUCCUUUCAUGAUCUUGAUAUUGUUCCUAUGACAUUCAGAUUCUGGUAUCAAUUGGCAGACGAGUUGCGUAAGAAUGAGGAAGCAAGGCUUAAAUAUCAAGACGUGUACCAGAAAUUGGUCGAUGUUAUGAUUAAGCAUCUUCAUUAUCCCGAUGACUUGGACUCCUGGAGUGCCAAAGAGAGAGAUGAUUUCAAGGAUUUCCGACAUGUUAUGGGUGAUGUCCUUAAAGACUGCUGCUUGAUUCUUGGAUCCAGAGUCCCGCUUGGAAAAGCGUACAUGCUUAUUACCCAAGCUGCGAGUAAGACACCACCAAAGUGGCAAGAGGUUGAGGCUCCACUGAUGGCCCUCCGCUCGAUGGGUGCACAGGUUGAGCCAGAGGAGAACGAAGUUUUGCCCGAAAUCAUGAAGCUUCUCUCCCAAUUACCCGACCACCCAAAGAUCAAGUAUGCAGCUACCCUGGUUAUUGCGCGCUAUGGAAGUUGGACCGACAAGCAUCCUGAGUUCAUCGAGUACCAGCUCAGUUUUAUCUCUUCUGGAUUUGAGAAUGAGGACGUUGUUGCGGCAUCUGCCCUUGCAAUGAAGCUGCUCUGCAAAGAGUGCAGCACUCAUCUGUUGAACUAUUUGAACCAAUUGCAUGGAUUCUUUGUAGGAGUCUCAAAGAAACUCAAGGGCGUAGACCUUCUCGAAGUGACAGAAGCCGUGGCUCAUGUUGUAGCUGCUGUUCCUAAUGCAGAGUUGGCGCAAGUCUUCCAAAUGUUUUGCUUGCCCAUUGCUCAACAGCUAGCAGGACUUGCAUCUAAGGAACAGGGAACCCUCGAAGAUGAUGUCCCUUUGAUUGUUGAUAACUUGACGCAACUUAAGAUCUUUUUUAAAACUGUGAACCCGCAGGUUCCUCCUGCAGAAGCUCAUCCUUGCAUCCCUAUAGUGCAAGAGCUAUGGCCUAUCAUGGAUUCAUUAGCAGAUCGCGUUGGACGCAUUGAUGAUGUAGCACGGACAUUGGCCGGAUGCUGGCGCUCAAUUAUUAUUAGCUAUGCAACCCAUUAUGCACCACUAUUGCCCAUGACCAUGACGCGUCUUAUCAAGAGCUUUGAACAGAGUGGCUUAGGCCAAUAUCUUUGGGUUGGUUCUAGAGUGGUGCGUGAGUUUGGGGAAACAAACCCGAUCCCCACUCUUCGCUUCGUGGAGGGCCUGAGUGUCCCAAUGUGGCAAAUCUUUCAGAAGUAUGCUGGUCAGUUUAAUGAGAUUCCGGACGUUAUCGAAGACUACUUCAAUCUGGUUUCUGACACGAUGCUUUCAUGCCCGAGAGAAUAUAUCCAAAGUACUCUCUUCCCUACAGUAUUCAAAGCCAUGCUCGCCUCGCUCUCGCUCAAGGAACAACACUCAUUAAUUUCAGUCUUUAGGCACUGCAGGAUCAUCCUCGACCAUGUGAACGAUCUGCAACGCCCUCGAUCUUCAUCUUCGUCGCAAUCCAACAAUCCUCGCAUUUCGUCUAAUGAAGCAGCACUAGUCAAAGCACAGUUUGUAGAGAAUGACAUGUUUAUAUCCCAUAUGCUUCAAGGAGUCAUCUAUACUUUUCCACCUGAAGUCCAAGGCGACGCGACAGGCGUAAUCAAGGAUUUGACUAUGUUCUGCCCACAAGAGAGUGUUCUUUGGUAUGGCAAGGCUAUUUCUGCCCUUGAUUUGUCUCCUCCUGAGAUGCAAAAGGCCGUAGCUGAUUUUACAGCUAUUGCUUCGGAAGGAAACUGGAGCAGGAUCAAAUCUUUGGUUCAGGACUUUACUAAUGUCUACAGACGCAAGAAUGUUCUGCCUCGAAGCCGCGGCAGGAAGUAGAUGGAUGUAGUGAUAUAAAUUUAUUUCUUUGCGAACUUUUUGUCAGUCAUUUGGAAAAGACAUCAAAUUGG